UAACAGACAACAGCCAUGAAUCAGGACGCGAAGAAAAUAGCGAAUAGUUUAUACGGUAGAGUGAACGCGCCACUUGAAAAAUGUCGCGUUAACUUCUGCACCGACAUGGAAAAAUCAGUUUUGAUGAGCAAUUUCGAACGACGAGGCUGGAACCAAGUCGGGCCAGAUGACGAAUGGAACUUCUACUGGGCGUCAACGCAAACAUGCCGAAAUCUAUUCAGCGUCGAAAGCGGCUAUCGCAUGAACGACAAUCAAAUGAUAAAUCAUUUCCCCAAUCAUUACGAACUAUCAAGAAAGGACCUGCUCGUUAAAAACAUCAAAAGGUAUCGCAAGGAACUCGAAAGGGAAGGAAGCCCUUUGGCUGAAAAAGCUGAGGUAAUAUUGCAAGGCGGGCAAGUAGUAACUAGAUACGUUCAUCUCGAUUUCGUACCUGUCACAUUCGUGCUUCCGGCCGACUACAAUAUGUUUGUUGAGGAAUAUCGUAAAUCCCCGCAGAGCACUUGGAUUAUGAAGCCUUGCGGAAAAUCUCAGGGUACCGGAAUUUUCCUCAUAAAUAAACUGUCAAAGCUUAAGAAAUGGUCUCGCGAGGCGAAAACUCCUUUUCAUCCGCAGUUAAGUAAAGAGAGCUACGUGAUUUCUCGGUACAUAGACAAUCCGCUGCUAAUAGGAGGCAAAAAGUUUGAUCUUCGACUUUACGUGUUGGUAACUUCGUUUCGUCCUCUCAAGGCUUACUUGUUCCAACUUGGUUUCUGCAGGUUCUGCACGGUGAAGUACGACACUAGCGUCACGGAGUUGGACAACAUGUAUGUGCACCUGACUAAUGUUAGCGUACAGAAACACGGCGGGGAUUACAACAGCAUUCACGGGGGCAAAAUGAGCGUUCAAAAUUUGCGACUGUAUUUAGAAGGGAGUAGAGGCAGGGCUGUCACUGAAAAGUUGUUUGCGGCAAUGCAGUGGUUGAUCGUGCAUUCUUUGAAGGCGGUGGCUUCCGUGAUGGCUAAUGACAGGCAUUGCUUUGAAUGUUACGGUUAUGAUAUCAUUAUUGACAAUCAGUUAAAGCCGUGGUUGGUAGAAGUUAAUGCAUCCCCGUCUCUCACAUCAACCACGGUAAACGACAGAAUUUUGAAAUAUAAGUUAAUCGAUAAUAUUUUAUCAGUAGUAUUGCCUCCAGAUGGCGUGCCGGAUGUGCGUUGGAAUAAACUUCCAUGCCCUGAAACUUUGGGAAGUUUUGAUUUACUUAUUGAUGAAGAAUUAUUGGAAAAGGAUGAACCAACAGUAUCAGGUCGAUCUGGUAAAAAUACUAAAGCGAAUAGAUAA